AUGAUCAUCACUGGUUCUGGCUCUUUUGUUUUCUCUGAGGUCAAGCAUCAUCUCUUCCGCACCUUUGAAAUGAAUGAUCUAGGUCCACUGCGGUAUUUUCUUGUUACUCGUCAUGAUCUUGCCUAUGCUGUUCAUGUGGUUAGCCAGUUUGUCUCUACUUCUUGCUCUACCCAUUGGGCUGCUUUGGUUUGGAUUCUUCGCUAUCUCCAGGGCACUAUAUUUCAGGGUUCACUGUUAUCUUCUACUUCCUCUUUGGACUUGGUGGCUUAUGCUGAUUCUGAUUGGGGUGGUGAUGUCACUGAUCGCAAGUCCACUUUCGGCUUCUGUAUGUUUCUUGGUGAUUCUUUGAUCUCUUAG